GCAGUCUGGGUAAUAAAUGGUUUGUGUUUUGGGCAAAGAAAGCACAGAUGGUCGCCUUUCCCUGUGGACGAAUGAGCUUCAAAACACUAUGUGUGUAGCGUAAUUUUUAUUCAUACUUGACUGUGCGCUUUUAAAUUUCGCCUGUUUAAAUAAGAAACGUCAUAAACCUGUGAAUUUACUAUUUAUUGCCUUUAGACUUAUGUGCAAUUAGAAGCGGCUACGAUGCUAAUUUAGCAUUCCAAAUGGUCAGAAAUACACUUCAGUAAACUAAAGCUGCUGUUAUAUUAGCGCUUCAUGAAGCAACCCGUUUAAUAAACAAACCAUGUCUUAAAUGCUGAUAUGAAUAAUAUUUAUCUUCCUUAAGUGAGUAAAAUUGUAAGCGAGACUCUGUGUGCAACCGCAGCGCUAGUUUUAUUGAUUGCUUGAUCGAGAAGCAGCAGUAGAGAGAAGGGGAAAAGAUGGACGAAAGUGCCGAAAAUGUUGACAACGACGACAUUGUCAUUAUCGUGGAAAACGAGGCGGAAAGUUUGCCGGCAGGAGAAGAGAGGCUGAAGCAGCAAGGCACCUUCGGGCUCAUGGACACUUGUCCCAUCUGCAAGUUGAGCUUCCACAACAGAGAGCCCAAGCUGCUGCCGUGUCUCCACUCCUUCUGUAAGAGGUGUCUGCCUGCCCCCUUCAGGAGCGCAGACCCCAGGCGGGACUCGCACGUUGACAGCAGCAAACAAUUGGGUGCUAUUCGAUGUCCAGUAUGCAGACAGGAAUGCUGGGAGAUGGACGUAUUAGACAAUUUCUUUGUCAAGGACUCCGCUGAGGUGCCAAGCAGCACCGUGGAGAAAACCAGCCAGGUGUGCAUGAGCUGUGACGACAACACAGAGGCAACAGGUUACUGUGUGGAGUGUGUGGAGUUCCUGUGUGUGACGUGCAUCGAGGCGCACCAAAGAGUCAAGUUCACCAGAGACCACACCAUACGUCAGAAGGAGGAGAUGUCUCCAGAAGCUUUAGGAAUAUCCACACAGAAGCCCGUUUUUUGCGACAUCCACAAGCAGGAGCCACUGAAGCUGUUUUGUGAAACGUGCGACCGACUCACCUGUAGAGACUGUCAGCUUCUUAAACACAAGGAUCACAACUACCAGUUUUUGGAGGAUGCUUACAGAAACCACCGGCAAUAUCUGGAGAACAUGACGCAGCAGUUGCAAGAGAAAAGAAAGGCCAUCGAGGACGUGUCCAGCUGUAUCAACUCUGGGCUGCAGCAAGUUGAAGAGAAUCGAAAAGCUGUAACCAAUGAAAUAAAGAAGUCCAUCUGCAACCUGAUCAUGGAGAUCAACAGGAAGGGAAAGAUUCUCGUAAACCAACUCGAGGCUUUGACUAAGGACCAUGAAAUGGGUUUAAAAAAGCAGCAGGAAGACGUCAACUCUCUGAGCAGACACCUGGAUCAUGUCAUCAGCUUCACCAAAUGGGCUACGGCUAGUCACAGUGGAACAGCUCUCCUGUACUGCAAGAGACUGAUCCUGUAUCAGAUCCAUUACCUGAUGAGAGCGAGCUGCAGCCCUUCCAUCGUUCCUCAGAGUUCCGUUCGUUUCCAAUGUCGUUCGGGUUUUUGGGCCACAAACGUAGAUCUUGGUUCUCUGGUGGUGGAAAGAGGUCCAGGGAGGCCCCCCAUCGCCAACCACCAGACUGGUCCCAGACCAGAAGCACCUCCUGGAGGUCUGUCAGCCUCAGCACAGCAGCGACAAAGUACACUGGCUCAGCUCCAGAUGCAGGUUGACAAGCUUUCCCAGCAGCCCCACAGGCAGCCUCCUCCCAGCCACUGGUCCUGGUACCAGAACGUGAGACUCCCAGGACCUCCAGGACCUCCAGGACCUCCCGGACCUCCCGGCCCUCCGCCCCCAACCAGACCCAUCCAUGGAGGCUCCUCGCCCUCCCAAGGUCCCCACAGCUUGGCUCAGCCGGGACGGAGAUAUGGAGGCUCCCACUCCAACCCAAGAAGCCCCACGUCGUCUAUGCUUCACAACACAGGCUUCCAGGCUGCACAGUCUCUGAGAGACCUGAUCAACAGCUCUGGUUUCCCUCCUAAACCUGUGGAUAUGUCGCAGGGUCAUUCACGCUUCCCCCAACCUCUAACCGUCGGAGCAGCCACACAGACGUCACUACAUCAGAGAUGCAUGCCAGAGUCGUCCUUCCUGAAGAGAAGCGAACCCGGCGGGUCUCUGCCCUCCAUCACCAUCUCUGUCCCCAAACCCGGCUUCGCACCGAGUCUGACCUCGGCAGCCGCAGACAAAACAAGCGCUCUCAAUCAUGCAGCAGUUCAAGCAAGACAGAACUCACCGAUGGCCAAGCCGUCCUCCACAGACAGGAGCACAGGGACGACAACUUGGAAACAGGCUUCGGAGCCGCCAUCCGCCCCCACAGCUAAACGAAGAAGAAGGUCGUCCCCAGGACCCGUUAUCGUCAUCAAGGACGAACCGGAGGAUGAGGAUGAAGUUCACUUUGUGCAGUCCAGUGUCGGGUCCAGCCUGCCGGACAGCAGCACUGGGACUCAGUCGAAGCCCAGGCAGCAACAGAAAAGUUCUGCACCAGCUCCAGCUCCUACAUCAGACUCCAAUGACCAGCGUCCUCAGCCACCAUCGCAGCCAGAGUCUGAAAAGAGAGCGGAGGCGGAAGAAGAUCCUAACGAGGAUUGGUGCGCCGUCUGUCAGAACGGAGGGGAGCUGCUCUGCUGUGACAAAUGUCCCAAAGUUUUCCAUCUGGCCUGCCACAUCCCCACUCUGAAUGAGUCCCCCAGUGGCGAGUGGUUCUGUUCGUUCUGUCGAGACCUCGUCGCUCCUGAGAUGGAGUACGACUGUGACAGCAAAGACGCUCCAGUCUCUGAAGAGUUCCCACCUGUUGACAGACGGAGGUGUGAGAGGCUGCUUCUGCGUCUGUUCUGUAAUGAUUUCAGCACUGACUUCCAGGCGCCUGCUUCUCCAUCGGAGACAAGAAGGUACAAAGAACUGAUAAAGACUCCGAUGGAUUUGUCGAUUGUGAAGAAGAAGCUGGAGUCAAAGUCAAAAGAUGGUGAACAUUAUGAUAAUACAGAGGGGUUUGUCACUGACGUCAGGCUUAUAUUUUUCAACUGUGCAAAGUACUAUAAGGCGACCUCGGAGGUUGGGAGCGCCGGCUUGUACCUGGAGGACUAUUUUGAAGAGCAGCUGAAGCUCAUCUACCCAGACAAGGCCUUCCCCGGAGGCAGGGAGGAGCAGAUGAUCCCUCCACUAGAAGAUGAGAUAGACGAAGAAGAAGAGAUGAUGGAGGAAGGUUUGGCACCUGUUGAAGAUGAGAAGCCACAAAGCCCAGCAGGAGAAGGAAUCCCUCCAGUGGAAGAGGACUUGGCUCCUCUGGAAGAAGCCACAGCCCCGGCAGAGGAGGAAAAACCGGAAAAGGAGUCGACUGAAACGAGCGAAAAGGAGACGGGUGAAGCAGCAGCGGCCAGAGAUGGAGGUAAUCCUCCUGCAGAAGAGGAGGUGAAGCAGGAUGAGAUCACUCCUCCUAAAGUGGUGGAAAUCUGCCCGGCUGCUGAGAGCGAAACAAAAGACGGUAAAACUUGCAGCUCACUGAAAAAGGAGAAUCCUCAGCUGCCUCCUGAAAAACCUGCAGAUCCGCCUGAAGCUCAGGAGGAGAAACCAGCUCCUGCAGAAACAGCCAAAGAAGAGGAGGGAUAAAUAGAUCAAACCAGAAUGGAAGAGAAACUGUAAAAAAAAGAUCUCAGUCUUCCACAGAAAUGGCCCCAGUGGGGACCGACAUUUGCUGCAACCAGAUAGUUUUUGUACUGUUAUUUGCAAUAGGAAAAGAGGUUCCUGCUGGACUGAAUAGUAGCGGUUUUUGCUGUAGAUGCACAACGAAGGGAGUAAAAAAAAAAAUCUCUUUAUGUGUUUUUGCUGGACAGAGGCUUUACUGUUAUUGUAACAUAAAACGGUUAUUUUCUGUGAUGAUGACACCGAAAAGCACACAAGGUAUUCUUUGUUGUUAUCAUCACUUAUCUUGCUUAUGCCUUGUAUAUAUUAAUCCUGCAAAUUUAAAGCACAAAUGCUGCUGUCAAAAUAUGAAUUUUGGAUUAGAAAUGCAUGCAAGAUGUCUUAAUAUAAAUAACAAUGCCUCCAUUUUAGUGUUUUUGCUCACUUGUUCUAGCCGUUUGGCCCAUAGAAAGAUUGUUUUAUUGCAGUAGUAGUAUUUUUUAUUAUUUUAUUAUCUCAUUAAUGCUGUGUAGUUGGCAGAUAUGGACGCUGUAGUUUCUGUACAGGAGGAACACGUAUGUCAGUGCAACUUUGAUUUCAACAAUCUCUUAAAAUAAUCGGACGUUUGAAACUGCGCUGCUUUAAUUGUUUUCCUCUAUUCUGUGUUGCCACGAUCCCAGCAAACACUGUUUUAUCACAGAGCAGCCCCCGUGUUUUUGUCAGGAGAGCAGCUCUUCAAAUUUUAUUGACUCUACCGUUAUCAGCCGUAGAUAAUUCCGAGACAUGAUGAUCACUUUCUCAUCAGCUUCUGUUUUCCAGAGUGUGUCCUUGCUGCUCUGCGUCAUGAUUACUCUUACAUAAGGUUUAGACUAAAACCUUAUCGUUGCGGUUCUCACUGAUGUAACGAAAGUGCAAGAAAUCACACACGUUUGGCACAUUUUUGACAUUUACAUCACUUAAGAUGAGAGUGACUCCAGAACAGACAUUAAUACUUUGUCCCAUGUUGUCACUUUAAUACUAAUCGAGAACAAAACCUGUACAUUUAUUCUAGAUUUACUCUCUAUGAUGGUGAGCAGAAAAAAUACCUGCUUUUACAAUAUUUGUAAUAAACAGGAUUACAUGUAAAUGCGAUGUGUGCUAUGCUUUUUCUGUUUAAAAA